UCUCCCACUGCUCUCUCAGUACUGCCUCUUUCGUCUUCCUAUGAUCACAUCUCACCCACACAUCGUGAACCAACCCACAUCGCAUGCAUUCAAAUAUAGACACGCACACACACGUACACUCUCUUGCGUUCUGUUCUCUUUCUCACACACUUCCCCUAUUAAAAGCUGAGGGGACAAACAGGAUAUUUUAUGCUCCACAUGCACCUUUCAUACCAACAUAUCUUACAAUUCACUACCUCAUAAAUAGACAUCAUUGAUCUCUGUACUUCUGACAGAUCAAUGGAGAACACAUCCCAACCCUUCCCACCUGUGUCUAACACCUUCUGCCUCAAUGCCUCCACCUUCUCUGCCAUAACAACCUUCCCUGUCUCCCACCUCUGCCCCUCUUUCACCACCUGCUUCAUCCUCCCCUCCAUCUACGCCCUCCUCUUCCUUACGGGUCUCCCGGGCAACGCUCUCUCUAUCUGGGUGUUCCUGAGGAGUAUUCCCACCCAGACCUCCACCCAUGUCUACCUGUUCCACCUGGGCCUGUGCAACCUGUGCCUCUCCCUCACCACCCCCUUCCUGGCCGCCUACUACUCACAGGGUUCACGUUGGCCGGUCUGGAGCCCCCUGUGCCAGCUGGUCCUCCAUGGGGUCACCCCCAUUCAGCAGAUCAACAUCUACGUCAGUGUCUUUAUCCUGACCUGGGUGGCGCUCAGCCGCUUCGCCACCCUCAUCCAGCACACCCACGCAAGCCGCCCCAGCACCUGCACCACCCUGCUACCCCAUGCCUUCUUCACCAGGCUGAGACGGGUGAGGUUCGCCAAGGCCGUGUGCGCCUGGAUCUGGGGAAUCGUGGUGUUUGCCACAGUACCCGUGACAGUUUACUAUUCAGUGAAGGAGACGAAGGUGGAUGUAGGGAGUGAGGAUGGAGAGAGAGGAGGAUGGGGUGAGGAGAAGGGGGGGAGUGUGUGUUACAGUGUGGCAAUGGAGAUGGGGGGAAGCCUGUCAAGGGGGGCGAAUGUGGUGUCCAUUGUGAUCUUCUUCAUGUGUUUCCUGCUGGUGCUGAUGUCGUAUGUGGCGGUGGCGAGGCAUAUAUGGAGGUCGCGUGAGUGUGCCAUUGUCAAUGGUUCCCAGAGGCUACUGGGAAGAGUGUUCCGGAACAUCGUGGUGAUCCAGGUGGUUCUGAUAGUGUGCAUGUUGCCUUACCACAUCUUCAAGUCCAUCUUUAUCUCCAUAGUCCAGCACCAAGCUGACCCAGCCACCACCAUUAGGGGGCCCUGCCAUCCUCUCUCUGCCAUUGUCGAGGUCAAGAACUUCCUGCUUUGUCUCACCACGCUGAGGAGUUCGGUCGACCCGGUGAUGUACUUCUUGUUGGACAAGACCUUCCACAGACAUGUCAUGUUACUGCUUAGGCUCCACCCACAGAAUUCCAGCAGCCAAUCAUCUGGUGGGGCCACCACCAGAGCCAAUCCAAUUGGCGGGAGGUUAGAGGUGACUGUGUGUCAUAAGGGUCAGGGGUCAUGGAAAGAGUCACACUCUGUGAACUGGAGUCAGUGCAGUGCUCUGUAAAGAUUGUUUAGGAUGUUGCUAUUUUCCAUUGACCACUUCCAUCCCCUCAUUCAACAACAUUCCUUCAUUGACCAGGAGAAGUGAGUCCAAUACUUUUACCAUGUGGUGCUGUUUUUUUACUCCCACUAUAUUCAAAGAGCACGUUGUAUAUUUAUGAGCGAGAGGGAGAAGGAACGUGUAGCUGAUAUGUCCACUACUGUUGGGGUCACUUAGAAAUGUCCUUGUUUUUGAAAGAAUCAUUUUUUUUUAUCCAUUACAAUAGCAUCAAAUUGAUCAGAAAUGCAGUGUAGACAUUGUUAAUGUUGUAAAUGACUAUUGUAGCUGGAAACGGCAGAUUUUAUAUGGAAUAUCUACAUAGGCGUACAGAGGCCCAUUAUCAGCAACCAUCUCUACUGUGUUCCAAUGGCACGUUGUGUUAGCUAAUCCAAGUUUAUCAUUUUAAAAGGCUAAUUGAUCAUUAGAAAACCCUUUUGCAAUUAUGUUUGCACAGCUGAAAUCCGUUCUGAUUAAAGAAGCAAUAAAACUGUCUAUCUUUAGACUAGUUGAGUAUCUGGAGCAUCAGUAUUUGUGGGUUCGAUUACAGGCUCAAAAUGACCAGAAACAAAUAAUUUCUUCUGAAACUCAGUCUAUUCUUCUGAGAAAUUAAGGCUAUUCCAUGCGAGAAAUUGUCAAGCGCGCACACACACACACAUGCUUAAAAAGAGAAAGAAUGAGAGAGGGAAAAAAUCAUCACUGGUGCUGUACAGACUCAACCAAGGACUGAUAGGGCCCAGAGGCAGCAGCAAUAUUGCUAACCUACACCUGCUUCAACAAGAGACUUCUGCCUUCAAUCUUUACCCUUUAUGCAGAGUGUACACUGUUUAUUUUUCCUUGUCUAAAUAUGAUGUUCAAAGUGCUACCCUUUCACACAACGUUUGGUAGAUCCACCUUUACUUUUAACCAGUGGCGGGUCUGUCACGUUCUGACCUUUUAUUUCCUUUGUUUUGUCAUUAUUUAGUAUGGUCAGGGCGUGAGUUGGGUUGGGCAGUCUGUUUGUUUUUCUAUGAUUUUGGGAUUUCUAUGUUUCGGCCUAGUAUGGUUCUCAGAGGCAGGUGUCAUUAGUUGUCUCUGAUUGAGAAUCAUACUUAGGUAGCCUGGGUUUCACUGUUUGUUGGUGGGUGUUUGUUUCCGUGUCUGUGUUUUUCACCACACGGUAUUGUUUUGGGUUUCGUUCGUUCCACGUUUAUUGUUUUUGUAUAAAGUCGUGUUCAUGUUUAGUAUUUCUUAUUAAAAGAACCAUGGACACUUACCACGUCGCAUAUUGGUCCUCCGAUCCUUCUCGCUUCUUCAGACGAAGAGGAGGAAAUCCCUCACACGGUCAAUACCGUUUAAGAUGAGAAUGGAUUCAUUUCUAUUACAGCAUAUUUGAUGACUGUCAUUCGUACUCCAUUCACCAAGCUCAAUGUAACAGCGAAAGGUUUAGGCUACUAAAUGGCCUGCUAGCUAACAUAGCAUCCCUCUCUGUUUGAUAGCCAUAGCCUGCUAGCUAACAUAGCAUCACUCACUGUUGAAUAGCCAUAGCCUGCUAGCUAACAUAGCAUCACUCACUGUUUGAUAGCCAUAGCCUGCUAGCUAACAUAGCAUCCCUCUCUGUUUGAUAGCCAUAGCCUGCUAGCUAACAUAGCAUCCAUCACUGUUGAAUAGCCAUAGCCUGCUAGCUAACAUAGCAUCUCUCUAUGUUUGAUAGCCAUAGCCUGCUAGCUAACAUAGCAUCUCUCUCAGUUUGAUAGCCAUAGCCUGCUAGCUAACAUAGCAUCCCUCUCUGUUUGAGCCGGGUGUUGCUGUAGGCUAAAUGCAUUUGUUUGGGUGGGCUCCACUUUAAACCUGCUUCAUCCUGGCUAAUUACAGCAGAUUAGUGCUGUAAUUCACAACAUCUCUUCCAUGGCUCAGACUCAAACUAUUCCAGUGGGCCACAGCAGUGUGUGUGUGUGAGACUGUAGUUGAUUUUCAGAGCUUGAUGUGUUUGUGUCACGAUCCUCCCCCAUUACUGCUGCUCAUUCUGUUCACCAGUUCCGGAGGUCGAUGUCACCGGCCUUCUAGGCUGUACUGAACUGUGUCAUUAAGCACACCUGGUUCCAACUCCUCACUGAUUGUGUUUGUAUAAAUGUGCCCUUUGUCGAUUAUUGUCCCAGGUCCGUUGAUGGUGUGAGUACCUAUGCGUUGUCUCAGCCUGUGCUGCAUGUUAUUGUUCCCAUGUCUGUUGGUGGUGUGAGUAUCUAUUGUAUUGUCUCAGUCUGUGCUGCAUGUUAUUGUUCCCAUGUCUGUUGGUGGUAUGAGUAUCUAUUGUAUUGUCUCAGCCUGGGCUGCAUGUUAUUGUUCCCAUGUCUGUUGGUGGUAUGAGUAUCUAUUGUAUUGUCUCAGCCUGGGCUGCA